AUGGCUGCAACUCGCCCUUUGAAAAAGAAGAAGGACAACGAGGCUGAUUUGAAAGAAUCCCGCAUGACAGUUGAAGACCGCCUCACCUUCAUGACAGCAAAGAAGGCCGAGCUGCAAUCAAUUUUUGAGAAUGGAGUUUGGCAACUUGAACUUGAGCCUGAGAAAGCAUCAGAAAGCCGCAUUUUGAAAGCACGUUUUGUUCUCAAAUGGGCAGAUGAUGGUAAAGGUGGCACAAAAGCCAAAGCUAGACUUGUGCUGCAGGGAUAUUCCGAUCCCGACCUGCUAUCUGGUAGCCUAGAGACAAGCUCUCCAACCUUGAACAGAACGUCAAGACAGGUACUGCUGUCCAUUGGUGUUUUGAACCAAUGGGAACUCAGCAUGGCCACACAGAAUGAGGUUAGUGCUCUCCGAGCGGUGCUUGGUGCGCUUCAAUGGCCCAGCACGCAAACAGCCCCACAACUUGGUGCAACAGUUUCUCUCCUCAGUGGUCAGAUCACAGCUGCUACAACUGAAGAUUUACGUGAUGCAAACAAAGCUCUGAAAUUCUCCAAGGUCAACAACGAUGUUGGACUCCAAUUUCGUCCUUUAGGGGAGAUUUCAAAUAUGGUUUUGGUUGCAAUGAGCGAUGCCUCAUGGGGAAUUCGACGGGAAGGCCACAGCCAAGGUGGUUACCUUCUCAUGCUUGCUCCGAAAGAAAUCCUGGAUGGUGAAACCACAAAUUACAUCAUUUUGGAUUGGAGAAGUUUUCGUUUGCCCAGGGUGUCCCGAAGCUCUUUGAACGCUGAAUCUCAAGCAUGCGCAGCUGCAAUGGAUAGUUUGGAAUAUACCCGAACACUGAUCCAAGGAUGUCUCAAUGCUGACUACACUCUGCAAUCUCCAGGUGAAUGGGUGAUCAGCAAAACAGCUUUGGUGGUUGAUGCAAAAGCUCUGUAUGAUUCAAUUCGUGCAGAAGUUCCCCAGCUUUCAGGUGACAAACGAACCAAGAUUGAGGUGAUGAUUGUGAAAGAAAAGAUGCAAGAGUGCCAAACACUUUUGCGAUGGGUUUCAAGUGAAGCACAGUAUGCUGAUGGCAUGACCAAACCCUCAGCACGUCAGUUGCUCACUGACCGCCUUAGAACUCACAUGUUCAAAUUGCAAGCGGAUGAAGAUUUUGUUGCUGCAAAGAAGAAAACUCAACAACAAAGAGAAGCAAAUGCCCGCAAGUUUGCCCUCUCAAAAGCUGCUAGCAAGAUAGGUGGUUUAGCUCAUCUGAUUUUCAUUUCUCAUAUCAUGCCCGUCACUGGUUUUUCCUCCGAUGAAGCCUCAUGGUCCGAUGAUGCAAUGCGCCUAUUUGUGACUAUGGUGAUGUCUUUCCUCACUGGAUGUUUCUGUAUUUGGAUGCUGCUUGGAUUUCCAAAGGUACUCAAACUGGAACCAAAGCGCGUGGCCUUCAACCUUGCCAAGCGCAACAACAGCGUUCAAUGCGAGAUCGAGUACGAGGAGAUGUCUCACAUGUCCUACCAGCUACACCUUGAACAACAAGACAAGGCGAGACUGGAAGACAGCUUCAAAAGGGAGAUCGAAACACUGGAAAGCUAUGCGCAGGUGAUGAAAGAUACAAGCGACACAAACAAGGAGGAUGCCGACAAGUUCUUAAGUGAACUCAAAACUCUCAAAGUACGACUUCAAGAUGUUGAACAAACCUUGACAGCAAAGAUUCAAGAAGUGAUUGAACUGGAACGACAGAUUUACCACGUUCAAGAUUCUUUGGAUCGAGCAAACCAAGCAAAUGCAAACAUGCGCGAGCUCCACGACCACGAGAUCGAGUUCCGCAGAGAGGUCUACGCCCUCAACAAGGCACAUCGCUUCCACCUCUUCGAUGACUGCGACACAUUGAUGCAUGCAAAACCCAUCACUAUGUAUGUCUGCAAGGAAUGCGAAGAGAGACGUGAGAAGGAAAUUGCCGAGAUGGAUCAAUACCAGCACGGUUGGCGCUGA